AUGCAAUCCAACCUGACAACCAUGAGAUAUUUCAUCAUUACGGGGAUAUCUGAGGACCCUCAGCUUCAACUUCCGAUCUUCCUUCUGGUUCUCCUGAUUUAUCUCUUCAUCCUAUGCGGUAACAUGACCAUUCUCAUUGCUUGUCUGGACCCUCGUCUCCACACCCCCAUGUACUUCUUCCUGGGCAACCUGUCCAUACUGGAUAUGAGUUGUGCUUCCAUUGCAUUACAUAAGAUCCUUAUACAUUUCAUUGCUGGUGAUAGAACUGUUUCCUUCACUGCUUGCAUGGUACAGUUACAUAUGUUUGGUUCCUUAGGCAGUGUGGACCUGUUGAUAUUGACGGCUAUGGGUUAUGACCGCUAUGUGGCCAUCUGUAGGCCCUUACGAUAUCACAUGGUUAUGAGUCCUGGAGUAUGUGUUACAUUGGCCUCUGUUUGUUGGGGUUUAGGCUUUUUACAAGUCACUCCUUUCACUGUUAUCAUUUGUGGUUUCUCUUGCUAUUCCUCCAAUGAAAUCAAUCACUUCUUCUGCGACAUUGUUCCCGUCAUGAAAAUUUUCUGCAAUGACACUUCAUUUCUGGAGACCCUCUUCUUCGUCGAGGGGUUUCUCACCAUGAUCCUGAUGCCAUUUCUCCUAACCUUUGUGUCUUACAUGUUUAUUAUACAUGCCAUACUAAAGAUACGAUCCAGCGCUGGAAGACUGAAGGCCUUCUACACAUGUUCCUCACACCUCACCGUGGUCAUAUUGCUAUACAUGACACUUUUUGGACAAUAUCUGACCCCGAACCUAAGCAGCACCUUGGAGAACAAGAAACUUUUUGCUCUGUUUAACACGGCCGCUGUUCCUCUGCUCAAUCCAGUGAUCUACAGCCUUAAGAAUAAAGACGUAAAAAGGGCUCUAAAAAUUAUUCUUUACAAUAAAAAACCAAGAUAA